AGGCAAUUCACCAGCACCCAUCAUCUCGAGUGGUGUUAUCCCCAAUCAUUUUAUUCCGCGAUCAUAAUCACAAUACCCAGUGCUCUUUGUCAAAAACGCCCAUAUUAAUCAUCUCUGGUUGAAAUCCAUAACAGGGUCAUCUAUUUUAGCCAGACACGGACGGCGGUUCGGUGACAAAUACUUUGGACCGAGAGGUCGGGCGCUUUGGUUAAAGUCUCUCCCAGCUUUCACGUGCUGCUGACACUGAAGGGGGAGAGAGAGAGAGAAGGGAGAACUGAAAGAGAUCGCCAAAGUGCCAUUGGAAGUAUGGUGAAGAUCGGGGUAUUCGCCAAGAAGGUUUGGAGCCUCCGUAAAGCCAUCGUGGUCUUCGUCACACCUGUGAUACUUUCCCCUAUUUUGUUCUUCGUAAGUCCCAAGGAGGGAAAAUGUCUUUAUGUGAUUCUCCUGAUGGCUUUGUACUGGUGUACAGAAGCGUUACCAAUCGCUGUGACAUCCCUGCUUCCCAUCAGUCUCUUUCCUCUCUUUGGUGUCAUGCCAGCCAGCAUAGUCUGCCCACAGUACUUUCUUGACACCAACGUUCUGUUUAUGAGUGGCCUGAUCAUGGCACUGGCGGUCGAAGAGUGGAACCUCCACCGGCGAAUAGCGCUAUUUGUCCUAAUGCUGGUGGGAUCAUCCCCAGCAAGGCUUAUCCUGGGAAUGAUGCUAACCACAAGUUUACUGUCAAUGUGGCUUAGUAAUACUGCCUCCACUGCCUUGAUGAUGCCAAUAGCCAAAGCAGUGCUCCAAAGCUUAUUUGGUAGCAUGGAAACUACCCUUGAGUCUACUCAGCUUAAAGAUUGCGAAGAAGCCUUUGAACUUAAAGACAGCGCUUCAAAGGAGUCACUGCCCAAUGAGGGGUUACAUUUGACAUCUGAAGACAGCAAAAGCCCAGAGGAAUUUGAAACAAAUGCUAACUUGACACUCAGGCAGCAGAAGGUUGCAGAAGACCAGAAGAAACUAUGGAAGGGUUUCCUUGUCUCCAUUCCUUACGCUGCAAGUAUUGGAGGGACCGCCACACUGACUGGGACAACUCCUAACCUGAUUCUGGUUGGGCAGCUGAAAAUUUAUUUCCCUGCCUGUGACGACCUGAACUUUGCCUCAUGGUUCAUCUUUUCCUGCCCGCUCGCAUUCCUCUUCCUGAUCGUUGGUUGGGUGUGGAUCGCUUUCCUAUAUGGAGGAUUCAACAUAAGGUCGUGCAGGAAGAAGGGAAAUACUGCAGAAACUGAAGCCAGAGUAAUGAGUGCAAUAAAGUGUGAAUACAGUAAACUGGGGCCAUUCACGUAUGCAGAGGGUGCUGUCUCGAUGUUCUUCUUCUUAUUUGCGGUUUUGCUUUUCACGAGAGAUCCAAAAUUCAUUACAGGUUGGGCCAUUCUGUUCCCUAAAGGUUAUGUGUCGGAUGCAGUGACGGGAAUGACGAUCGUUAUUGUGCUCUGCUUCUUUCCAUCCCAAAAACCUUCGCUGAAAUGGUGGUUUAAUCCAAAAGCUUCGGGAAAAACAAAUCCACCGCUGCUUACUUGGUCAAAAAUCCAAAGUAAUUUACCCUGGAGUGUCAUGCUGUUACUUGGAGGAGGCUAUGCCAUGGCAAAAGGAUGUGAGGUCUCGGGAUUGUCCAUCUGGAUCAGCAAAUACGUUCAUCCACUUGCAACCUUCCAGCCAAGCAUUGCUCUUAUUCUGAUCUCAAUGCUAGUCACCUGCUUCACUGAAUUUGCCAGCAACACUGCCACCAUUGUAAUAGUGCUGCCAAUUUUAAUUAACCUGUCUUUCCAGAUGACGGUGAAUCCACUGUACUUCUUGGUACCAGCAACUAUAGUAUGCUCCUAUGCUUUCAUGCUGCCAAUAUCAACACCUCCAAAUUCCAUUGCAUUUGCUACAGGCCACCUGAAGGUCAAGGAUAUGGUGAAGUCGGGGAUUAUUAUGAACAUUCUGGGGAUUCUCCUGCUCAUGUUAGCUGUGAACACUUGGGGUAAUUUCUUGUUCGAUUUCUCCACUUAUCCCCAAUGGGCAGAGUCUAUGCAGAAUGUCACACGCAGCUUCGCUAAUGGCACUGCGUAAUACAUGGCACCAUGGGACUUCAAGUUACAAGCCCUGGAAGAGUCAAUGCAAUCCUGCAAAGAUUGCUGAAGUGAAGAAACUGUCUCAAGAUUAGACCAGAUCCAACUGUGACAAAUACCUGAAGAAUUUACACAUCCCAUGCAUCUUUUUUUUAAAUGAGUAUUAAUCAUUAAUUUUUAUAUUGAAUAUAGAAGGAUAACUGUUUUGACAAAAGAAGAACAGAAGUGCUGGUGUAACUCAGUGGGCCAGGCAGUUUCUCUAGCGAACCUGGACCCUUCUUCAUAUUAUUUGGAAAAGUUAUUUUUAGAUUUAUUUCUAUUAAUGACGAUUGUUAAAAUGUGAA